AGAAAUAGGCCGAUCGUCGAAAAAAAUGGCUGCUUCCACAGACGGCAUGAAACACAAUAACACUGCGUUUACGUGCUUUCACUCACUUUAUGUGCUUUUUUACAACACUCUUGCAAGCUCACCACCAACUGAUACAUGAUGCAUGCGGAGAAACCCGUAAAUAACAUUGCACUUUAUAGAAACACAGAGCGCUUUGACAGAUAGUAGCCGCAAUGCUAACGCUAGGAAAAGCGGCUACUGCCCAGAGCAAACUGAGUAGAGCUAACAGACCGGACCAUUUUUACAGCUUUUUUUACUCAGACAAUCUAAUACAAUAUUAACUUCUUAUCAGAUUUUGUUGUGCAGAUGACAUUUGUAACAAAUAGGUUUAGGCUUAAGCUCUUAAUUAUAUAAUAAUAACGAAAUACUUAACGCCGAGAAUGCUAAGCUUAUAUGGUACAAUAUGGCGACUCCCACAGAGGCAUGAAAAGAGCCGACUCUUGCUAAAGGGUUUAUCUGAGGAUUAAGAGUGUGUUAUCGGGGGCUUUUACGGCACCAUUUGUCCAAUAUAAUUUUAUAUGCCUCAGGUGAAUAAUUCGUGUGUUUUAGUCCCUAUUUGAUUGAUUACUUUGAUACAUUUUCUUUUGAAUUUCGCUUCCGCCAUUUUUCUGGAUAGACAACCGUGAUAACGGGGUUUGUUUGCCUACAAGAUGGCUGCUUCCAUGGACUCGAUUCAAUGAAAUCAUGUCUGCCCCUGGAUCCGUGGUGUCUGGGACCACGGUGUCGGUUCUACAGCCGCGUUGGAAACGGGUCCUCGGGUGGUCCGGUCCCGUUCCCCGGCCCAGACAUGGGCACAGGGCUGUGGCUAUAAAAGAGCUCAUGGUUGUCUUCGGCGGUGGGAACGAAGGGAUAGUGGAUGAAUUACAUGUAUACAACACCGCAACCAACCAGUGGUUCAUCCCAGCAGUCCGUGGCGACAUCCCACCUGGUUGUGCAGCAUAUGGUUUUGUCUGUGAUGGAACAAGAUUGCUGGUGUUUGGUGGAAUGGUGGAGUAUGGAAAGUACAGCAAUGAUCUCUAUGAACUUCAAGCCAGUAGAUGGGAGUGGAAAAAAUUGAAAGCAAAAAAUCCCAAGAAUGGGCCUCCUCCUUGUCCUCGUCUUGGCCAUAGUUUUUCCCUUGUUGGUAACAAAUGCUACCUUUUUGGAGGAUUGGCUAAUGACAGUGAAGACCCCAAAAACAACAUUCCCAGAUAUCUAAAUGAUCUGUACACCCUGGAGCUUCGGGCUGGAUCCAGUGUUGUCGGAUGGGAUAUUCCAAUCACCUACGGAGUCCUGCCCCCUCCACGUGAGAGCCACACGGCUGUGGUCUACACUGAAAAGACGACCAGGAAAUCUCGGCUGAUUAUAUAUGGAGGGAUGAGUGGCUGUCGUCUGGGAGAUCUUUGGACACUUGAUAUUGAUACCCUCACAUGGAACAAACCAUCAGUGAGUGGCACAGCUCCACUUCCUAGAAGUCUUCACUCAGCCACAACCAUCACAAACAAGAUGUAUGUUUUUGGAGGAUGGGUUCCUCUGGUAAUGGAUGAUGUCAAAGUGGCCACACAUGAGAAGGAAUGGAAAUGCACCAAUACUCUUGCAUGCUUAAAUCUUGACAACAUGUGUUGGGAAACAGUGUUGAUGGAUACUCUGGAGGAUAACAUCCCCAGAGCCCGUGCUGGCCAUUGUGCUGUGGCCAUCAACUCCAGACUGUACGUUUGGAGCGGUCGUGAUGGUUACCGCAAAGCCUGGAACAACCAAGUCUGCUGCAAAGACCUCUGGUACCUAGAAACAGAACGACCAAAUGCCCCUGCCAGGGUGCAGUUAGUCCGUGCCAACACAAAUUCGCUGGAAGUGAGCUGGGGUGCAGUGUCUACUGCUGACACCUAUUUACUACAGCUACAGAAGUAUGACAUUCCGGCCACCCCGGGUGCAGCAGCACCAGCGAUGAGUGCCACCCCAUCACAGCCUGUGAGCUCUCCAAAAAGCCCUGCACCUGCGGCAGCAGCACCUGUUGCUCAGAGCCUUCCUCAGGCUGUUUUGAAAGUUGCAACCCAACAGACUGCAACAGGUGCAUCAGUUGUUACAGUACGUCCGAGCCAGCCUGGAAAAUCUCCAGUCACAGUAACCUCACUUCCCCCAGGUGUCCGAAUGGUUGUGCCUGCACAAACUACUCAAGGCUCGGCGAUUGGCAGCAGCUCCCAGAUGAGUGGCAUGGCUGCUUUAGCAGCUGCAGCAGCGGCCACACAGAAAAUCCCGCCUUCCUCUGGCACUGUCCUUAACGUCCCACCUGGCACAACCAUUCUAAAAACAAUGGCUGUCUCACCCGGCACAACGACUAUGAAAGUAGCUUCUCCUGUCAUGGUCAGCAAUCCGGCCACACGCAUGCUGAAGACCGCUGCAGCCCAGGUUGGCACAGCAACUGCUUCCUCCACCACCAACACCAGACCCAUUAUCACUGUGCACAAGUCUGGUACUGUCACUGUAGCCCAACAGGCUCAAGUGGUCACCACUGUAGUGGGAGGAGUCACAAAGACCAUCACUCUGGUUAAGAGUCCUCUAACCAUGGGCAGUACUGGAACCCUGCAGAUUUCCAACCUUGGCAAGAUGAUGUCUGUGGUACAAACCAAGCCAGUGCAGACAUCAUCUGUUACAGGCCAGGCUUCCACUAACCCCCUCACACAGAUCAUACAGACAAAGGGUCCUCUCCCAGCAGGCACUAUUCUCAAGUUGGUCACCUCUGCAGAUGGAAAGCCCACCACAAUCAUUACCACUUCACAGGCAGGAGGCACAGGAAACAAGCCCACUAUUCUUAACAUCAGUGGUGUCUCUCCAACAACCACGAAGCAGGGCACAACUAUUAUCAAGACGAUUCCCAUGUCAGCCAUCAUGACCCAACCUGGAAACACAGGUGUUACAAGCAGUACAGGUUUGAAAACACCCAUCACAAUUCUGACUACAAAGGUGAUGACCACUGGAACUCCUGGUAAAAUCAUUACUACAGUGCCCAAACUGGCGACUGCAGCUGGCCACCAGGGACUGACGCAGGUAAGGAAGGUGGUUUUAAAGGGUGCUCCUGGACAACCAGGAACUAUUUUACGUACUGUGCCCAUGGGCACGGUUGGGGGUGUUCGGCUUGUUACCCCCGUGACAGUGUCAGCUGUAAAGCCCACUGUCACCACACUUGUUGUGAAGGGCACAACUGGUGUCACCACCCUCGGAACAGUCACUGGUACUGUCUCCUCAAGCCUAGCAGGAGCCACUGUGGACACUUCCACUGCCUCUUUGGUAACACCCAUAACUACGCUAGGAACCAUUGCCACCCUGUCUAGCCAGGUCAUUAGCCCAGCUGCCAUUACUGCUGCAGCUGCUCAGACUAGCCUGAGCUCUGCCUCCACACUGCCCUCCUCUACCAUCAAAGUUCAGACCCAACCCACUCAAGUGACACUGAUCACAACUCCCAGUGGAGUAGAAGCCCAGCCAGUCCAGGAUCUCCCAGUUUCUAUUCUGGCUUCACCAACCUCUGAGCAGCCCAGUUCAAACGAGACUGGAGCAGCAGGAGAAGGUUCUGGGACUGUCACUUUGGUCUGCUCCAACCCACCAUGUGAAACCCAUGAGACAGGAACCACCAACACAGCCACCACCUCCUCUGCCACAAUUGGAGCUGGGCAGGUCUGUUCUAAUCCUCCCUGCGAGACCCAUGAAACAGGAACAACCAACACAGCGACAACAGCGUCUUCAAACAUGUCUGCACUUCGUGUGUGCUCCAACCCACCAUGUGAGACCCAUGAAACCGGGACGACAAACACAACUACCACAGCUUCAGCUAACAUGGGUGGAGUCCAGAAAGUGUGCUCUAACCCACCCUGUGAGACCCAUGAAACUGGAACGACGAACACAGCUACCACAGCUUCAGCUAAUAUGGGUGGAGUCCAGCAAGUGUGCUCUAACCCACCCUGUGAGACCCAUGUGACAGGAACCACCAACACAGCUACCCAGGCAUCAUCAGGCAUGAGCACAAGCCAGACAGGCACCGUUCAGAGGGUUUGUUCCAACCCACCAUGUGAAACUCAUGAAACAGGUACCACCAACACCCCAUCCACAGCAACGUCCAGCAUGGGAGGUGAGCAGACAAGCAUAGCAGCAGCAGGGGCAGCUGAAACAACAGCAGGAGCAGCCGAAACAACAGCAGGAGCAGCAGCAAGCCCCGUUGUGUGCUCCAACCCGCCAUGUGAAACACAUGAAACUGGGACAACCAACACAGCCACUACUGCCACCUGCAGUAUUGAGACAAGUGAGGGCAGAGCAACUCAGCAAACAGAGGAAGGAGCUGAAGGUACCGGUGUCACAGAAGUGGCCACAACCACCGCAGCAAUUGGUGUAGCCAUCACUACCCAGGGAAGGGCCAUUACAACUGUCACUCAGUCUACACCUGUGCCUGGACCCUCUGUACCGACAAUUUCUUCUAUUGCUGAGGGUGUGAGUGAGGCUCCAAUCUCUAUAGAAGAACCAAUGCAGACAGACGAGGCUACACCAGCAGCACCCACUGAGGAGGAAGCUACUGCCAUGGAGACACAAGCAGAAGGUGAAGCAGCAGCCACAGCAGCAGUUUUGAACCUGCCCUCAGAGCUCAUGUCCGAGGCUCAAGGAGCUACGCUUAUGGUCACCGGUCUCUCAGAUGAGGAGCUGGCUGUUACGGCCGCAGCAGAGGCUGCUGCUCAGGCAGCAGCCACGGAAGAAGCCCAGGCCCUUGCCAUUCAGGCUGUUCUUCAGGCCGCUCAGCAAGCUGUGAUGAAUGAUGGAGAUUCUGUACCAGAAAGCCAGCAACCCACCAACAUUCCCAUCAUGCUAACCCAGCAGGAGCUAGCAGCCCUUGUCCAGCAGCAGCAACUGCAGGAAGCUCAGGCUGCAGCCCAGCAGGCAGCUUUAGAAACCAAUUUACCCACGGAAGGCCUCGCUCCAGCCGACAGCCUCAAUGACCCCUCUGUGGAGAGCAACGGGCACAAUGAGAUGGCUGCGGCUGUCACUAGCGCUGUUGUGUCUCUACUGCCACGUGCCACUGCUGAGACACUUGCUCCUUCAAGCACGUUUGCAGCUUCUGUGUCAGUGGCAAGUCCAGCUAAGCUGCAAGCAGCAGCUGCUCUUGCAGAAGUAGCGAAUGGCAUUGAAGGAGAGAAACAAGCUCCAAAGCCAGUCCCAGUGAAACCGGUUGUAAAGAAAGAGAACCAGUGGUUUGAUGUUGGAAUUGUUAAAGUGACAAAUAUGGUUGUCACUCACUUCUAUGUGCCAGCUGAUGAUUCUCUUGGAGAUGACGAUUCUGGCGUCAUGCCAGACUACAGCCAGAUGAAGAAAAUGGAGUUACAGCCAGGAACAGCCUACAAGUUUCGUGUUGCUGGAAUCAAUGCAUGCGGUCGUGGAGGCUUUUCAGAGAUAUCAGCUUUCAAGACAUGUUUACCGGGUUUCCCUGGAGCUCCUUGUGCCAUCAAAAUCAGCAAGAGCCCAGAUGGUGCUCAUCUGACCUGGGAACCACCGUCUGUAACAUCGGGAAAGAUCAUUGAGUACUCUGUGUACCUGGCCAUACAGAGCAACCAGACCACAGAGGCCAAGGCCUCCACCCCGGCCCAGCUCGCCUUCAUGCGUGUGUACUGUGGACCCAACCCCUCAUGCUUGGUGCAGUCGACGAGCCUCUCCAACGCCCACAUCGACUACACCACUAAACCCGCAAUCAUCUUCCGCAUCGCCGCUCGCAAUGAGAAGGGCUACGGUCCUGCCACCCAAGUUCGAUGGCUUCAAGAAUCGGGUAAAGAUGCAGCAUCUGCAAAACCGGCCACAAAAAGACCAGGCACCUCUCCUGAUGUUAAGGCUACUGGUCCAAAGAAAGCAAGGUCGGACCAGUGAGAUUGUGCAGAGAUCUUCUUCCUCUUCCUCCUCCUCCCAGUUUUUGUCCUUUAUUUUACUUGCAGUUCUGUAUAAAGAAGACUGGCCUUCACCCUCCUCCACUUUCUCAUUUACACCUACCACCCCUGAGUCUCAGAUCCCCUGCCCAACUAGCUCUGUUGGUUGCACUAAUUUUAUAGCAACUCCAACUUAGAAGCUCAUUAUCCUCGUUCAGCCAUGUUUUUCAUCUUUAACACCUUUUUUUUGGCUUGUUUCAGUAGUUUAAGCUUUUACAUCUUCCACAAACUGGGAGUCAGCUGAGUAAAGUUACCUUUUUUUUGUCCUUGUUUUUUUUUUUUUUUUUUAAUCCUGGGGGGAUGUAGAGAGAGACUACAUUAAAUGAUGUACAAUGUUGAGAGGGAGACAGCUGUGGAAUUAUUAGUUUAGACAAGAGGAAAAAUCAGUAUGGAAUUAUAAAAGCACUUGUCCUUUGUGGAAGAGGACAUCAUUUUUUCCUUUGUUUUUGCUCCAAAUUUUCAUCAUCAAGAACCAAGUCUGUAUAGUCUUCAUUGUACCGGACUCCGUUCUCCUGCUAAAGUCAUCACUGUGCGCUUUUUACCCCAAGAUACGGACUGUUGUUUGACACUUGGAAGUGGACGAGGAUAAAAGAAGAAAAAUGACGAAGGAGAUUUGUUGAGAAAGAAUGAGAGACUCUAGGACUGAGACUUGCAGCACACAGAAAACAUAAGGCGAAAACCUUCCUAAAAAUUAGCAAGCAAUGAUGCAGAUUUUUUCUGUAGUUUAUUUUUGUAUUUUUAAGCUUUUUUCCUCUUCUGUGUAUGUGUAUGUCGUGUGCAUUUUUUCUUCUUUUUUUUUAAAAAAGCUUCAUUUUUUUUAACUGUUGCUCAUCCCUUUCCUUUUCUUUGUAGAAACGCUGGGUGUCUUUUGUCGAGGCCUCCACAAUGUUUUAAAUGGAAAAAAAAAGAAAAAAAAAAGAAAAUCUGAUUAAGUUGGUCACAUGUUCCCAUUGUUGACAGGAGGUAAGAAAAACAGACUUCGUAUUUGUUCCAGUAGAACCACCUAGGUUUUUAGGACUGAAGGGAACUUUUUAGUAGACCCAGGGAGAGGAGAAUAAUUUUCUUUAAUUUUAAUACUCACUGCUUCUGUUACUUUGUUUGCCAAACAUGAGUUCUCAUGUAGGAAUAAAUUCAACCUUUUCACUUCUGUAUCUCAUUCAGUUGUCCUACUAUGGUUUAAGCUCAUGAAUGUGGUCUACACCCUUUUUGUUUUUCAGAAAGACAAAUCAUAUUAUUUCUCCUGUUCUGUUGAUAUAUUGAAUCAAUGUGGGUUCAGUUCUUUCCUUCUAAGGCUCUAUAUUUUUAUACUGCAUAUAUGUGCAGGACCACUGCACCUUCAAAAUUCACAAACGCCCAGUUACAAUAUGAUCCAGCAGAGGGCGAUCUAAGUCCAACUUCAAAGCCUUCUUGCCAAACAGUAACUGAAAAUAUGAAGGGUAUGUUUCGCUCUUUUAAAGUGAAAGGUAAACAGUCUUUGAGGCAACAAAUGUGAUACCAAAGUGUCUGAAAAGCAACAAAAUUGAACUUGUGUUUCACAGAAUGCAAACAAUAUUUUUUUAAUCUGUGGUGCUGGCUCGUGCCUCUGUGCCUGCAGUAUUGGCGCAUUUAAGUGGCUGCUUGCUCACGUUGGCAAACAGUUUCAACAAAAACCUAAUCAGAAGUGUGAAGUGUACAGCUAGAGCUUUCCCCCCACACAUUUCCACCCGUGUUUUGUUAUAUAUAUUAAUGCUUUGUGUGUGCACAAGGAACAUAACGUAUUUAGACCAACUGUCAAGAAGUCCUGAUGGAUGACUUUCAGAGGACACCUGACACAGUAGCUGUCCCUUUAUCUCCAAAUGUGUGGUAUGUUCUUUUGGAAUAUGUAAUGUUAUUAAAAGUUUUUUCCAUGCUUCUGGUUAAGUUUUCUGCUUAAAGCAGGUGCAGAGGUAUUAGUUCUGUUUUGUAACUGCUGUUUUCUUUUAAGCAAAUGUUAAUUAGUACUUAAGGUAGGCUGAUUUCCCAGCAACCAUCAACUAUCUGUCUGAGCAACGUUAUGAAAAAGCAGCAGCAGCACAAUUAAGAUUCAAAUGUGCAGCUUUAUGUACCUUUUAGUGUCACAUUUGUCAACUCAUGAGGACCAGGGUGACUGGGCUCACUUGCUUGCAGUCAGGCAGUGAACUACUGGAGGUUUUAUUCUGUUAUUGAUGAGGCUCAAAAUGCAAUAAUUAUCAACUAAAUUGAAAUUUUAACCCCUAUGUUUCAAUGCACGGAGUGCGCAAGCUGUCUGAAUGAGGGAUUGUCCUGAGAAAGAAAGGUUUACGUAGCUACAGUUUUUUCACUUGUAAAUUAGUUGGUUCAUAAAGCAAGAAAUAAAAAAAAGAUACUGGCCUUUUUAUAACUUCCUGUAUCAAACUGUUUUUACAUGUUGGUCAUCUCUUAAUUGCCUUUUGUGUCUUAUAAAAUAAUUAUAUAUAUACAUAUAAAUAUACAUAGUCUCCCUGAUUGUUCUAAUUCACUGUAGGAGUCUAAAUCACUGCUAGCUUCACACUUGCACAGGGAGAUUCUACUUUUUAAGCGCAAAAUAUGUUUGAUGUUCAGGACGGAGUGUUAAGAACUGAGGUGUGGCCUCUUUUUCCUUGGCCAACAACCUGGUUUUCCCCCAUUUGUGGUUUCUCCCUCUCUUUCUAGAAACAAAACUUUUUCUUCAUAUGAUUUUUUUUUUUGUGAGUGUCGGUGUGUCUGUUAAAACCAAACUAGACAUGCAUGCAAAAGCAGUGUAUUUAAGUAGUGACACCUGAAGUUACAACAUAACCUGAAGGAUCGCAACAAGAAAAAAAGCUUUUAAUAAGUUUGUUCCUCUCUAACUCUCCCUCUCUCUCCAUGUGGUAUACAAUUGUGUCCUUUCCUUCCACAGUACCUAUGCUGGGUCACUAUUUUUGCACCCUGAUUAGAUAGGUCAUCAGCAUUGCCGCUGUCACUCUAAAACUUUCCCUCCCUCACUGGGGCAAGUGCUGCCCUCUCGUGGCACUUGCAGGCGUAACGAGUUUCUGAUGGCUGUUUGCUGGUUAUUUGGAAAUGUCCUGUAUUUUCCAAUGUGUGUUUUUUGUACUGUAGGGAGUAAUGUAUCUUUUAUCAUCAAAAAAACGAAUAAACAUGUAAAACAGA